AGAUUCUCGUAUUUUUCACUGUGAGGUGUCGAAUGUGAUUUUUCGGAAUCAGUACUAUAAAAUCUCGGCUGGGCAGAGUGAAGUGAUCUUGCGAGUUUUAGGGGACUUAUUUCUUUGCGCCCAAUUCUGUUGCAUUAAUACGUAACGAUGAAUGAUGAAAAAGUUUCGGACCUCUCCUCAAUCCAGGAUUCAUGUCUUGUCCGUCUCAUCUGAACUUUCGCGGGCACCAGUUCCGCGAUUUCUACUAAUCUUUCAAAUUUGGAUGCUAUGGCUGCAAAUCCGACUCAUGACGACGUUUCCGAGUGGUUCUGAAUGGGAAUCGCUCAUCGGUUUCAUCGCUUAAUCCGAACGAACGGUAUAUAUUCCAAUGGAUUGACGUGCCAUUAGUUUUCCAUCGUCGAAGACACUCACUGAGCCAGAAAUGUCAAGUGUCGGAGGUUCACUGAAAGAUGGCAUGGACGGUCAAGGUGACCAGAUGUCGGAGACAAAAAGAAAAUCACGGAACAUGAGUGAAAAGAAAAGGAGGGACCAGUUCAACUCACUGAUCAAUGAUUUGGCUGCUAUGGUUUCUCCGUUGGACUCAAAGUUGGACAAAUCUAGUGUUCUGAAAGCUGCCGUCAGCUUUCUGAAAUCUCAGAAUGCGUCUGAAGCGCCUAGCAAAAACGUUGACAUAAGCGAGGCAUGGAAGCCACCUGCGUUAUCGAAUGAAGAAUUUAUUCAUUUGAUGUUGGAAGCUGUGGAUGGAUUUCUCAUAUCCGUGGCCUCAGAUGGAGAAAUUCUUCACACCUCGGACAACAUCGUUUCUAUACUGGGUCAUCUACCGAGUGAUAUAAUAAAUAACUCAAUUUUCGGGAUGCUGUAUUCCACGGAAGCUCCUGAUGUGUACAGGAGGCUAGCGAACUCUAUGUUGAGCUUGAAUGACGACACCGAGGAUACCGGUGAUAGUUUCGCAGCAAAGCAAGAUUCUAUGUCUCCUCCGUCUUCUUGCUUGCAUCUUGACCAAACGUGUCCUAGUAUGAGGAAUCUCACCGUUGCCGAUGAAUCGAAUGAUGGCGACUUGGCCGAACCUAGAAUCGAUGUCGACUUCAGCUGCCAUUUCAAGCGCUAUUCCUUGAGCAGCAAUCUCUCGAUGUCCACUCCAACCUUCGAGAAACUGAAGGUCCGAGGAUUUUUCAAGAACUGUCACAUGCCUAGUGCUGUUCCUAGAGAUGCUGAUGGUCAUGGUGAAGGCAAACCCGAUAGUCUAUCCAGACGGCGAAACGGGAAAAAUUGCGUCGACGGAGUAGAUGGUUUAGAGAAAAGGAGAAUCUUGAUUGCUGCUGGUCAACUGGGCAAUCCUCAAUUAGUGCGUGAAAUGCCUCCUUUGGUCGACACUAUUAAAGGCGAAUUCGUUUCUCGGCAUUCCUUGGAAUGGAAAUUCCUGUUCUUGGAUCACAGAGCCUCGCCGAUUAUUGGGUAUCUACCGUUCGAGCUGCUUGGUACAUCUGGGUACGACUAUUACCAUUUUGACGACCUGGAGAGGAUUUCUGAGAGCCACGAAACCCUGAUGGAGACUGGAGAUGGUCAGUCGUGUUGCUACAGAUUCCUGACGAAAGGUCAGGAGUACAUAUGGUUGCAGUCCAGUUACUACAUCAGCUAUCACCAAUGGACAGCGAAACCCGAAUUCAUUGUCUGCACCAACCGCGUUGUCAGUUAUGCUGAAGUUCGUGCUGAGAACGAACGUGAACAGACGUGUGACCAGAAUGACCUCGAAUCUGUUGCUUCGCUGAAUACCUACCGAUCAUCUCCGGCGUUUUCGUCCGAAGCCUCAUCGUAUUGCACGAAUAGAACGGGCAGUAUUGUGGGUGAGCAAGGUUCAACCAAGCGCAUGAAAAGUCCUUCAAGUACUGCCUCGUCAGUCGUGAACGCCUCGACGUCUCAAAAAAGCUGCAGCGCCUCUGCAAAUAAGCAGCACAACCUCCUUACAUCCGUAGUUGGUGCUCUGAUUGAAGAAACGCGAUUAGCAGCCGCCGCGCAAGCGUCCACGACGUUUCGAAAAUCCAAGUCGGCCAUCGUGACCAGAGGCUUUAAUGAUGCGGACAUUGAAGGAUUCCGUGAGCCGUUUGCGUAUCAGAAUCUGUCUCAAAAGUGUGGUCUCAAGCAUGCUCACCAGCUUGGAUGCAAGCGUGUGUUGUCUCCACCUCCUGGGCUGAGACCGUCUUCGGGGUUGCUCUCUCCUCUGAUCGCGCGAUCCUUCUCCAGGACACCCCAGGAAAGUCCGUCUGAAAAUUUAAGCUUUCAAGUACCGUACCGUUCAACUUCUUUUCUCGAAAACAAUAUUGAGCAUAACUCAAUUAGUUGUGCUCUGACGACUAAGCAUCCUACAGCGGAGCUUUUGACUGCGUAUGAAGUUCCGUUGACGACAUCGUACAUUCCUGCGAGCGAGGAAGGAAUGUAUUUCAUCCAACAGCCGGAUAAUCUUACGCGCCAAUUAGUUCAACCACAUUUCAUACAAGUCCCGAUUGUGUCAGGUAUAAUUCCGGGGAUGUCUUACGUGACUACGAAAGACGGGCGACCGUCGAGGUUGGUGCUGAAAACGUCCGAAGGUCAGAGCUUUCCUUGCAUCCCUCGGACAUCUGCCAAUAUUUUAACCACUUCUGCGUCCAUGUUGACAAGUGGAAGCUCGACGCCAGUCCUGGAACACCUAUUUGAAAUAGACUGUCGCCGAUCAACGAAUCCCGAUGAAUCCGUGGUGGGGACAGAUGUUAUUGGAUCGUCGUCCAGCAUUCGUGAGAAUAACGAAGUCGAGCUAGGGUCGAUAAUGAUGACUACCGCAGGAAUUCCAGCUGUGGUUGUUCCUGCGAACAGCGUGGAUCACUUGGGAUCAUUGCGAACAGAGUUGCUUGACCCUGCGGACGAGUCCUUGACGCAAUAUAUUUGAAUUCGAGUCAUUUUCGGUUUGCGGAAAAAAAAAUGAAUCUGCUGGUGCUGUUAUUUCAGAUGAUAAAAGGUGUUUAGAUCGAUGAAAUGGAAACGCGCGAAGAUUGGUGUGUCGUUGGGAUGAUAGCAUACAUUUUGAAUGUUCUUAUUCUUUUCUUCACGCGUUCCCUUCACUGGUAGUUUUCCUGUGAACCCUUCUUUUGAGCCUUGUUCGUUCGUUCCUUGGUUCACGUAAUAUGCCAUGAAUCAGCGGAAAAGAAACGGAAUUAGCUCUCUUUUGAAUUUUCUUUCGAGUUUUUAGUCAACGAAGAUCUUGUGAAUAGCAUCCCCCUUCCGCACAUUCAUGUCAUUCCCAAUCCAGGAAUCAAAAAAUUCGUGACUGUAAUUGUGCAAGCCACCUCAUGUGUCUGCUUGCGUUUUCAACGGGUAUGUUCUUGUUCAGAUGCUCAGCAUGGGUUUUACUCGAUUUUUAAGUUGUAUAAGAAAAUAUUGUCUAAUGCCCCUUUGAUGUGGAAAAUACGUUUUAGGUGUGAUUCAAUAUUCUGGUUGUGAGGUAAACAGAGAGACCAUUCACGUUAGUUCUGGCUCGCAAGUUUUAUCCUACUGUACAUGUCUCGAUGUGUCGCCUACUUUUCGAAGCGGAAGAAAAAUUUCACUGCGGAUUUUUUCUGGUCGUUAGUGGAAAAUGUGCUUUUUUCUUACUUUGACGUGAGUGUAGUCAUAACUGAUGAAAUGAGUUGUUCAAGGUUUCAUUAUUCUGUUUUUUAAUAGUAAGUCUUCUUGAAGUUUUUGUGGAAUCACAAAAAAUUAUAUGUCAGCGAGUUCCAAUUCGAUUUUCUCAAAUUGUAGGAGUAAAUUGUUGACUUUCAUUCUAGGAACUGUUGAGAUUUUUGUUUACUCAAAUCGUUUCAACAAUGAGUUGGGAUGGACCGAUCUCAGUAUUUUGGCAAAGAGAACGUUUCCCCAUGUCGAGGUGAGUUAGCUUCUUUUUUUUUUUAAUUGAAAAACUUGUCGUGUCAGAUGGUGGAAUUUCCUUUUGAAUGGCGAAUUAAUUUUUGUCAGUGUUGAUCAGUCGAAUUGUUUGAGCGUUGUUACUUAUACUGGCAUUAAUGAAACUAAGCUCUCACCGGAACUAAUCCCUAUAGCUCUCAAGUCAAAUUUGGUUCAAAAUUGAUAUUUUCGCUGUUUUUUUUUUCCGCGCGGGCAUUUGCUUGAAACCAAAGUUAAUCGUGCUGAAAUUUUGGUGGAGGAACCAUUUGUGUUCUGCUUGGAAGUAUUGAAACGUUCCUGUGUAGAUGGCCAAAAUGUGGAGCUGAAGAAAUUCGUUGUGAUGAACAUUAUGUCUGUGUGUAACGUGUCCCUUCCCGUUUUGAAGUAAAUCAGGCUUUGAUGGUUUUCGGGUGUUAUUUUCACGGGCAUAAUUUCGGAAGAGUCGACGUCGAAAAAGUACCGGUGGCGAGAUUGUUAUUCUUAGUAGGAAAGCAGGAAAAUGGAUGUUUUGAUGUGUUCCUAAA